UGUUCGAUAAAAAAGCUCGGCUCGGCUCGACUCGUCAGAAAAAAAAUUAAAGAUCGGCUCGGUUCGGUCAAAACUCGGCUCGGCUCGGUUCGUGAACAGCCCUACUCCCUAUCUCUCUCCGCCACCUCUCUUUCCGAUGACACCGCCGCCCUCUCCCUCUUCCGUUCCCACACCGACACGCACGCCCUCCUCUCCAACUGGACUCUCACUUCCUCCACUUCCACCGCUUGCUCCGCAGCCUGGCGCGGUGUCAACUGCACCAACAACCGCGUCACGGCUCUCAAACUCCCUUCACUCAACCUCCGCGGAUCCAUCGUCUCUCUCUCCUCUCUCGAUCAGCUCCGCUUCCUCGAUCUCUCCAAUAACCGUCUCAACGGCUCCAUCUCCGCGAUCACCAACUGUACUAAUUUAAAACACAUUUAUCUCUCCAGCAACGAUCUCUCUGGCGACAUUCCCAGAGAGAUCUCAUCUCUACGGAGACUUGUCCGGUUAGACUUAUCCAAUAACAACAUCAGAGGCUCUAUUCCUACUGAAUUUUCAUCUCUUACACGGUUGUUAACUCUUCGGCUUGAUAAUAACGAGAUCUCAGGCCUAAUUCCCCGAUCACUCGACUCAAUUCCGCAUCUUAAACAACUUAAUCUCUCAAACAAUUUGUUAUACGGCCGAGUAUCAGAAAAUUUGCUCAAAAGAUUUGGUACCGAAAGCUUCUCCGGAAAUGAAGCCUUAUGUGGUGCCACUCUGGAAUGUUCCAAUCGGACGGUCCAAUCAUUUCCAACAUCAUCAAAUAUUGAUAAUGUAAAAAAUUCUAAGCCGAGAGGGCUUAGUUCUGGCGCUAUAGUGGGAAUUGUAAUUGCAAAUGCAGUUAUUCUGUUAGUUGUUAUCGCGUUCGUUGCUGCUUACUGCUGUGGUAGGUACUCGAGAGAUUUGAACUCACGAUUAGGGAGCGAGAGUGGGAAGAGGAGAAGUAGUUACGGGAGUGAGAAGAAAGUUUUUGCGAAUAAUGGAGGUGGUGAUAGUGAUGGAACAAAUGCAACUGAUAGGAGUAAGCUUGUGUUUUUCGAUAGGAAGAAGCAGUUUGAGCUUGAGGAUUUGCUUAAAGCCUCUGCAGAGAUGCUUGGAAAAGGUAGUUUAGGGACUGUUUACAAGGCCGUGCUUGAGGAAGGUAUUACGGUGGCUGUGAAGAGAUUAAAAGAUGCUAAUCCUUGUGGAAGGAAAGAGUUUGAGCAGUACAUGGAUGUCAUUGGGAAGCUUAGGCAUCCCAAUUUUGUGAGACUCAAAGCUUUCUAUUAUGCUAAAGAGGAGAAGCUUCUUGUUUAUGAUUAUCUUCCAAAUGGAAGCUUACACUCUCUUCUUCAUGGGAAUCGAGGCCCGGAGAGAAUUCCAUUAGACUGGACUACACGAAUCAGCUUGGUCUUGGGAGCUGCUCGCGGGCUUGCUCGUAUUCAUGAAGAGUAUGAGACAGCAAGAAUUCCUCACGGAAAUGUGAAAUCAUCAAAUGUUUUGCUCGAUAAGAAUGGCGUUGCGUGUAUAUCUGAUUUUGGGUUAGCAUUGCUUCUGAAUCCGGUACAUGCCACAGCAAGAUUAGGUGGGUACAGGGCACCUGAGCAGGUUCAACUGAAGAGACUGUCACAGAAAGCCGAUGUGUACAGUUUUGGUGUUUUGUUAUUGGAAGUUCUCACAGGGAGAGCUCCGUCAAGGUAUCCUUCUCCGACUCCAAGUCAUGGUAUGGCCGAGGAGGAGCAAUCUGUAGAUCUCCCUGCAUGGGUUCGUUCAGUGGUGAAAGACGAGUGGACUCCAGAAGUGUUUGAUAAAGAAUUGUUGAGGUACAAGAACAUUGAGAAAGAGCUUAUUGCCAUGCUUCGUGUGGCAAUGGUCUGCGUCGUGCCACAGCCUGAGAAGAGGCCUACUAUGUCCGAAGUAGCAAAGCUGAUUGAGGAUAUCAGGGUGGAGGAAUCUCCUUUAGGGGAAGAUUACGACGAAUCACGUGAUUCGCUUUCUGCCUCAGCUGCUACUACUGAAGGUUGAUCUUUAGUUUUACCAUCAUGUAUUCACCUGCUGCUAGCACUUCAUAUAUUAUUAAGAUUUAAUUUCUCUCUGCUUGCUUAUUAGUAGGUCUGCGUAUCGGUAUUAUCCGGUCUGUGAUUUUUAUCCCAAUUCUGUAAAGAUCUGCCUAAUGAUCUUGUUUCUUGUCAACCAACAAGGGAGUUUCAGUUGGUUGUAUCUGUUAAAUGUAUGUGUUAUUAGACAUUGGAAUGAAUAUCAACUCCUUUGCAUAUAACAUAA